UAUUCACGAUACAUACUUCCUCGACUGCGCCGAACCUUCUUGCCUCUGUUUCUCCAUGCCUUUGAAUCUGAUGAGCAGCUGCAGCUACUGCUUCUCCCCCACCCGAACUCUCUUUCCCUUCCUCUCUCCCUCCGAUUCUCCUCACAAAUCAUCGCCUCCUCCCACCCUGGUCAUACGCAAGGACAAACCGAUCGAAGUUCUCCAAUCCAUCGCCUCCGGAGCAGAGAAGAACUUGGUCUACUACUCUUCCCGCAUCCAGUCAUGCAUGGACUCGCGCUCCUUCGACGCCGGCAAGUCAAUUCAAGCGCAGAUGGAGGACGAAGGAAUCGUGCCCGACACGUUCUUGCAGAUGAAGAUCUUGAUGCUGUACGCUAAAACAAGCGAGCCGAGCGACUUAGUACAUGCGCGGAAGAUGUUCGAUGAUAUGCCUGCCAGAAACUCCUCUACUUGGAACACAAUGAUACUAGCUUAUGCGCGGGCGAGUGACCAUCUGGAGGUCCUUCAGCUCUUUUCCCGGAUGCAUGAGUGUGGAGCAGUCCCGGAUAAGUUCACGUUUCCGAGUGUUAUCAAAGCUUGUCUUGCUCUAGAGGCUGAGGGAGGAAUUCAGCUGCUGCAUGGCUUGAUCAUCAAGCAUGGUUUUGGUCGGGAUGUGGUCGUUGGCACUGCUUUGGUUGAUGUUUAUGCGAACCUUGGUUGUCUAGAGGAUGCUGAAACUGCUUUCAGUGAGGUUGAUGGGGUAAAUGUUGUCACUUGGAAUGCAAUCAUCAGCGGCUAUGUAGGAGCAUUGAGUUGGGAAGAGGCCUGGAACAGUUUCCAUCGCAUGCAGGAGGAUGCCAGUGUGUGCCCAAGCCAUUCUACUCUAUCUUUGGCUGCUCGAACUUGUGGUGCUUUGAGGUCACCGGACAGAGGAAGACAAGUUCAUGCGAAGGCGAUGGCUCUUGGCUAUGACUCUGAUGUGUUCGUGCAAAAUUCUCUCAUUGAUAUGUACGGUGAGUGUGGUGAUCUAGAAGGUUGCGAGUUGGUAUUUCAUCUAAUAAAAGAAAGAAGUCAAGUGAGUUGGAACUCCAUCGUAUCUAGUUAUGUUCGUCUUAGAUACUAUGAGGAAGCCUUGCACAUGCUUCUCAGAAUGCAGCAAGCUGGUUAUCAGUAUGACAGGUUCAAUCUUGGAAGUGCCUUGACAUCAUGUGCUGCCUUAGCAGAUUUAGAGACUGGUCGAGCAAUUCAUGGAUACUUAGUGAGGAGAUUGUUAGAUUCUGAUGUUGUGCUGGGCAGUGCCAUCAUCGAUAUGUAUGGAAAAUGUGGCUGUAUGAGAGAGGCUCAUUGGGUUUUCAACAAACUGAGGAAGAGAAAUAUAGUGUCUUGGAAUUCUCUUAUGGCAGGGUUUGUGCUAGAGGAAGCGACAGAAGUUGUCAUUGAGCUUUAUCAUCAAAUGGAAUUAGCAAACAUUAAUCCUGAUCAAUUCACGCUUGGUGCUUUGUUGAGCCUCUUUGCCAAUCAAGGGAAUACAGACCUUGGGAAACAGAUUCAUGCCAGUAUUAUUAGGAAGAUCACUAGACCAAACUUAGUACUAGAGACCGAGCUAACUCACAUGUAUGCAAGGUGUGGAAGAUUAAGGGAUGCACAUAACGUUUUCAAUCGGAUGCCGAAAAAGAAUGCCUACUCAUGGAAUUCUUUCAUCGAAGGAUGCUUGAAAUGUAACAAGGCUAUGGAAGCUCUCAGAAUCUUUCGCAAAAUGCAGUUCAACGGAGUAGUGCCAGAUUCCUUUUCUUUGUCAAGUGCACUUACUGCUAUAUCUCAUCUUUCGACUUUACAAAAAGGAAAAGAAAUCCAUGGUUUCGCAGUGAAGAAAAUGCUCAUAGAUCACGAUGUUACUCUCUGCAUUCUUAUCGAUAUGUAUGCCAAAUGCGGGUGCAUGGAUUAUGCUUAUAGGAUGUAUGAGAGGGCACCGAAGAAGGGCUUGAUCCUCAAUAACAUCAUGAUUUCUGCAUUUAUUAGUCAUGAGAAAAUCAGCGAUGCUAGGAGAAUAUUCGAUAAGAUGGAAGAAAAGAACAUAAUAUGCUGGAACUCAAUGUUGAUUGGGUAUGCCAAAGGUGGUUUUGGUAGGGAAGCACUCCAAUUGUUUCAGGAAUUCACCGUCGAAAGAGGUGAUUAUGAAUGCUCAACUCUGGUGCCAAUUUUCAACUUAUGUGCAAGUUUACCUUCAGCUGAGUUCGGGAAGCAACUCCAUGCUUUAGCGACGAAAUUGCCCGGUAAUUCAGUUGUUUUAGACAGUGCAAUAGUCGAUAUGUAUGCGAAAUGUGGAUUGAUUGAAGAAGCAAGAGAGUUCUUCAACAGGAUGAAAGAAAGAACAAUCUUGACAUGGAACACCAUUAUCUCCAGCUACUCGAAGCACGGCCAAAUCGAAGCAGUCUUUUCGCUAUACAAACAGAUGCUAAGUGAAGGAAUACUCCCAAAUGACAUCACAUUCCUCUGCAUUCUAUCAGCUUGCAGCCAUACAGGCUUGCUAGAAGAGGGUUUGGAUAUUUUUGUGUCCAUGUCGGAGGACUAUGGCGUAGAGCCAAGGUUAGAGCAUUACAACUGUAUGGUGGAUCUUCUCGGCCGUGCAGGUCUCUUGAAUGAUGCAAAGGAAAUGAUACUCAGAAUGCCAAUGGAGCCAGACAAAUCCACUUGGGCUGCUCUCCUUGGAGCAUCAAGGAAUCAUAUCGAUAUCGAUAUUGGAAGAUUUGCAGCUGAAAGGCUUUUCGAGUUAGACCCUGCUAACUCCGGGCAUUACCGUCUGAUGGCUAAUCUCUAUGCGUCAGCAGGGAGGUGGAAAGAGGCUGAUAAGAUGUGGAAAUUGAUGAAAGAAAGGAGAGCUAUGAGUGAGCCUGCAUCUAGCUGGAUUGAGAUUGGCAAUCAAAUUCAAGUUUUUCAUGCUGGGGAUCUGAAGAAACUUAUGCCACUCUCAGGAUCAUCAACGCAGGUAUUCUUCCCUUAACGAUCCUCUUGUUCGAUUGUAUCUUCGCUCUCGAUGACGAUCAACGAGCAGACGGGCGGACAGAAUCUGAUGCCGUGUUGAAUGUCUGCAAUCUUAAGUGCUUCCUCUGAAAGCAUCUGAGAGAGACCCCAUCAACUCUACUUCCUCCUGCUAUGUUUUUUUUUCUUCGAUGAUUUUGCAUUGUCGAAUACGGAUUUAUGGUUUCAAAUUUCGGUUUAUGAUUUAUCCAUCGCAUACUUGCAUCGGUUACCUUUCUCUCAGGUGCUAGAUCUGGAACCUGAGGGCAAAACUGAUGCAGAAAUCUAAAUGGUUGGCUUACCAGCUCAUUGCAUGUCUUUUGGAUUGGUUGCUCUGGUGUCAAAUGGUCCAAUCGAAAUCCAUCUCAAGCUUCAUUCUUAUGGGAAGAUCGUAUUUUCUUGAUCUUUCAGUCCUUUCCUGAUAUAUUAGAUUUUCCCCCCUUUUUCAGUUGGUUUUGUAGUGGAUUGGAUUCAAACAUGCUCUUUGAAAUUUUCUUGUUUGAGUUCUUCUUAACUUUUAGAUUGAAUGAAGUUGGCAAGUGAUGUGAUAUCAAAUCUUAUCCUACACACUGAAUUCAUUUUGUGGACUAACUACUCCGCUUAUUAUCUGAUGCCAAUUUCUAUUUACUUCAAUUGCUUUCUAUUUUUUUUUGUUUUUGAAUUUAUUAAUUCAUUCAAAAGUUCUUUGUUUCUUGCGAUAAAUGUUUACGUUGAAUUGUUCAUUUCAAUCAUCGUUAGAAAUUUAAAUUGUUUUAUAAAAUAAACAAUUCUUUGGAUCAAAAUAAAUUCUUCCAUAAAUUUAGCUUUUUUUAUCAAUGGAUAAAUCAUAUGGGUUGGUUUUUAAAUUAUAAAAAUGAGAUGAUAUAUAGAGUUUAAGUACUUAAAAAUUUGAUCUUUUUUUUAGGUUUUCAUUGUAAACCAUGCACUAAUAGCACAAAUAGCACGGCGAAGGUUUGUUCCUACACUGCAUGAUCAAGAUCAAUAGCGAAAGUGCACAACUACCACGGUGAAGACAUGCUUCAAGCCUCCAACAAAUCUAUAGUUAACAUCAAUAGCUUCAAUUACAAGUUUUUUAAAACACUCAAACCAUCACCUAACUCAUGGAGUUUUUUUAACAUUGUUGUCUAUGUUGAAAUUGAUGAAUAAUGUUCAAUUUCUAGAUAAUUAUAAAGGGAAGGUGUUUUAAAAUCUUUAAUAACAAUUUUAAUUUCCUAAUUAGUUAGACAAAAUAUAUUUUCAUUCCCUCACAAAUAAAUUUAUCUAUCUUUCGUUUUAAUUAAUCCCCUUUUAUGUAUUUUCAAUAUUGAUUUUUAUCUUAAACCAUUGACAAUCAUGUCCAUCAAUUGGAAUACUGCCCCAGAAUUGGAUUUUUGAAGUAAAACAGUAUGUUACUUUGUUCAAACUAAAGGAAAAAUUAUUUUGAACUAAAGGAAAAAUUAGAAAAUAAGACAGAAAAGUAGUUUUUUUUAUUAGACUUUAUAAUUUUUUCUAUUUAUGUUGUACAGUUAUGAAUGAGUUUGCAUUUGAUUGUUUUUAAUUGAAUGAUUUCAUAAGAUUUAGGGUUAUUUUCUUGAUUGAGUUUGUAUAAUUUGUUAUC